CGAGACCCAGACCGAGAGCGGCCACCCACUGUAAACAUUGACACGUGUGGCGGCGGUGUCGUGGUGCAGGGAGCAAUAAUUAACAGGCAACGGCGUGCUGCCUUAUUUAUGGUCACUUCUGACUGACUGGUAGGGAGAGGAAGCAAGUGGAUCCUUGUCAAGACUAUGGCAAAGAAGCGUCACCAAGCUGGGCGUGGGGGUAACAGCAAGUCCAAAAAAGUCUUGAAGUCUGAAGUCAAGGAUGGUGUGCGAAUAACAGAAUUCAAAGUCAACCCGAAAAGCAAAAUGAAAAGAAAAAGGCAAUUCGUUGGAAGGAAAGUUAUCGAUCCUAAACUGCUGUUGAAGUACACCAAAGGUGAAGGGGUUGAGUUGAGUGCUGUUGGCCGCAAAAAUUCUUAUGUUCAACAAAAAAUAAAGAAAAAAGAAAAAAAGAUCAAAUUUGCCGAACAAGAAUCGGCAAGGGCAGAAAUCUUGUUGCCAGAAUCAAACGGUCAGUUGGAAGCAGAGGAAGGUACUUACACCUCACACAUAACACAAACAGCAAUCAAGAAAGCAGUGGACAUAACAACAGCAGCCAAAGGCUUUGAUCUUAAUCUUGAUCAGUUUGGACCAUACAAGAUGCACUUCACUCGAAAUGGGCGGCACCUUUUGCUGGGUGGAAGGAAAGGCCACUUAGCAUCCAUGGACUGGGUUACCAAGAAACUUCACUGUGAGAUAAAUGUCAUGGAGUCUAUCCAUGAUGUGUGUUGGCUGCACACUGAGCUGAUGAUGGCAGCUGCUCAGAAACAGUGGGUCUACAUCUAUGACAACCAGGGUAUUGAGCUGCACUGCCUUAGACAGAUGGAUAGAGUGUUGAAACUGGAAUUUCUCCCUUAUCACUUUCUUCUGUGUUCUGGUAGUGAGAAAGGUUUUCUUACAUGGCUGGACAUUACACUGGGCAAGGAGGUGAUCCGAACUCCAACUCACAAAGGGCGCUUGGAGGUGAUGUGCCAGAACCCAUACAAUGCUGUUUUGUGCUGUGGCCAUCCCAAUGGCACUGUCAGCAUGUGGACGCCCAAUUCUCCAGACCCUGUCGCCUCCGUCCUGUGCCAUCCUCACCCUCUACGGGCCAUUGAUGUAGACCACACUGGCAGGUACAUGGCCACAGUUGGAGUUGACAGACAGAUGAAAAUUUGGGAUGCACGCAAUCUUGGCCGUUGUCUGCAGAAUUUCAUCAUCGGCUCUGGUGCAUCAAAGGUUGCCUUCUCCCAGAAGGGCCUCCUUUCAGUAGCCAUUGGUAAUAUUGUAGAGGUUUACAGAAAUGUAGUUGAGGGGGGUACUGGUGAAGCUUACAUGCGACACAAGGCUGGCAGCAUCAUAACUGAUAUGCAGUUUUGCCCCUACGAAGAUAUUCUUGGGAUUUCAACAUACAAGGGUUAUUCAAGCCUAAUAAUACCAGGAGCUGGUGAACCAAACUUUGAUGCCCUGGAAGCCAAUCCUUAUAUAAGUUUGUCAGGAAGGAAGGAAGCAGAAGUGAAAGCACUCUUGGCCAAGGUUCCUUCAGAACUCAUCACCCUGGAUCCACUCAGUAUUGGCCAGGUUGAUACUCCUACACUUCAGGAGAAACUGGAAGCCAAGAAAGCUCUCCUCUAUGUCCAAAAACCUAAAAUAGACUUUACUCCUCGUUACCGCAUGAAAGGCAAGAGUGGUUCAGCCCAAAAGUUUAAACGCAAACAGAAAGUGAGAGAAGACACACAGCGAGAGUACCUGAAGACAGCAUACUCUCAGAAAGAGGAGCUGAAUAUAGUCAAGAAGAGUAAACAACAAUCUGUGCCUCCAGAAAUUCUAGAUCGGUUUAAACCAAAGAAGAAGGUUAAAAAGUCAUGAGAAUUUGAAAGAAAGACUUACAUGUACCUCACAGAUGGGAAGCUGAAGGAAAGAAGUUGCAGAAUGGCCAUAUGUGCUCUGAAUGGUUAUUGAGGAAGAUCAUGUCAGUGUUGCAAAACUCAUGUUGUACAGAAUUUGUUUGUUGGAAAAUGAAGGGGAACUUGUUACACCAUAUGGUAAGUUAAAUUCAGUCUGUAGUGGGUGAUUGGUAAGGGUUUGUUAAGGGGAAAGGUGUAGAACAUUUUUUCAUGAAUAAACCAUAUAGUAGCCCCUAUGGUCCAUACUUGGCAGUCUGUAGAAGUGUAGAUCAGCAACUCUUUCCUCAGACGUAUAUCAUUUCCAGGUAAGAACUACAUUAUAAGUUUUUAUCAUUUGAACACUGUGCCUCCAUGGUGUAGAGGUUAAUGUUUUACCAGGAAAUCUGCAUACCUUAACUCAUUCAAGCUAAGGCACUGGGAGUCAACUUACAGCCCACACCCACCAAGCGUUCUAUUUUCUACUUCACUAGUAGGUAAAUAGUAAGUUGUAGCAUGCUAAGUAUACCUACUUGUAUGUAAACACAUGGUUGAGGUAGUCGAAAACAAAGCAUUUAUAUAAGC